GUUAGGUCCUCCUUGUCAGUGUGAGGUCCGUUUUGCCAGCAGGCGGUCCUCUUUGUCAGUGUGAGGUCCGUUUUGCCAGCAGGCCACUCGCCGUCCCACGGGGCCCCCCGCGUGGUCCUACCCCUUUUCCCCUCUAUCCUCUAUUUCCAUCUGUUUCCUCUCUAUACCCUCUGGGCAGAACAUGUCAUUCCAUCAUUUGUUUGUUCUGCGGGUGAGCAGCGACCAUGGCUGUGCUCCGCAUGGCCAUCCCGCCUCGUGCGGCCCAGGUGGCCAGUCCAUCGACCGGCCGUGGCAUUGGCAGUACUGUUGCUCACGAGGGUUCGAUCCCCCGACGUCAUCGACGGUGUGCGCUGGUGGUUGGAAAGGGUGGGCUGGCCGGCGAGAUCGAUGGUGUCCGCUGUAGCCUGCCGCUGUCCCACAGAGAACGUGCUCUCGAGCCGCGGGAUGUGCCGCGCGGGCGGCGGGAAGAAGCGCUGCAGGGGGGCGUUCGAAGGCGCCACUUUUGUGUGUCACUGCCUUUGUCCGUCGUUUUGCGCGCCAAAGCUGUAGCAACCGCCAUUUUUCCCGCACGCACAGUCACCGGCGUAAUCAUCAAGCUUUCCGCAACGAAAAUACCGGCGGGAAGAGGAGGAGGAGCGGGAGGAGGAGGUGGAUGUGGAUGUGGAGGCGGAGGUGGAGGUCGACAUCAUCCAAAACGUGGAGCUCUUGAACUUCGCCGAUCGGCGGCGGGAAACGCCAUUCCUGUGCGGAUCGGGUAUUAUUGUUGUCGUCAACUGCGAGCCCCCCCCGGCGGCCAUAGACAGGCGAGAAGCAGGAGCCGCUGUGGUGGUAUCGUUGGCACUGCUGCUGUUGUCGCCGGCAGCGGAUCUCAGUCCUCCCGCUUCUUCCACGUUGAUCCCCACGUGUACGCACGGGGUAGCGUUUUUCAAUCGGGCAUCAACGCGAACGCCCUAGACGCAGCGUUUUCCCCGUCUUUGCUUUCCGUUUGCUCUCGCCCCCCCUCCUCUUCAGCUGCUCGGUCUUUCAUUUGUUCCUGGUCCUCCGUUUGCUCCCGGUCCUCCGUUUGUUCCUGUCCCUCCGAUUGGUCCCGGUACUCCGUUUGUUCCCGGUCCUCCGUUUGUUCCUGGUCCUCCGUUUGUUCCUUUGGAUCGUUCGACGCCGAUUUUUCACCUCCGCAGCGGGAACUGCGGUGGUGGAAUAAGGGUCGGAAUCCCGACAACGAGAGCCGGAGCCGGGAUCUGCCGGCGGUGGCGUCCACAUCGUCGACUGGUGCUGGUGGGAGGACGAGCGGCGUGAUGCCCGCCAAGGCCUUUGAGCGGGCGGCUACUCUCUUGAGGGAGCGUGACAAACUACCUUCGCUGGUCGUGGUCGACCUGGAUUACACAGUAUGGCCAUACUGGUGUGAAUGUCUUCCGAGCCGAGUCCAUCCACAUAUUUAUCCAGACGCAAGAGGGAUUCUGGAAGCGCUCCAUGCCGCCGGAGUAAAGCUGGCAGUUGCUUCGAGAACACCGACUCCCGAGAUUGCACGGGUUUUCCUGGACAAGCUGAAGCUGACACCGCUCUUUGCUGAUAUGCAAAUAUAUCCGAGUUGGACCAACAAGACGGAACAUUUUCAAAAGAUUUCAAGAAACACUGGCAUACCUUAUUCCGAAAUGCUGUUCUUUGAUGAUGAGGAUCGUAACACUAUCACGAUGUCGAAGCUAGGAGUAGCAUCAAUCCUUGUCGAUGAAGGGAUCACUCUUGAAGCCUUGAGGGAAGGACUCGAUAGAUUUGCAGCAGCUUAGACUUCUUUGCUGGGGUACUUAAGCACUGAGUCACUGACCAAUGAUGAAUGUCACUGACUAAUGAUGACUGAUCAUCACUGAUGACAAUUAUUAUAACUGAAAUAAUUUUGAACUGAGCGCAAAAAUCGUACGAACAUUAUUUGCAAUUGGUAGCGAAAAAAUGUACAACUGAUGGUUAUCAAAUUGAACUUAGCGCUUGACAAGCCGGCACCUUCUUGUAAGUAAUAUAUUUAUGUUGGUAAAAUAAAAAAGUCUCAAGUUUGUGUUUCUUUUGUUCUACUUUUUUGUUUUCUAAUAACACCAGAAUAGGCAGCUUCUGCAUUGCUUCUGUGCUUGCAAAAGCCUUACGUCAUUAUGUGCAGUCAAUGCUCAGCCUUGUGAGUUGCGUUCCAUCUGGUCUUCAUUAUGCCUCUACGAAUGGAUUUGAUAUAAUUCAUUAAUUGUCCUUGCAAUGAAUUUUCUGAGAAUCU